CACGGAUUCUAAUGAAUGCGGUGACUGCAGUUGGUGUGCUGAUGCUCCCUUUGCAGCCUGAGAUGACCGUCAGCUGAUUCAUCGACGAGAGCAGAUCUCCGUCUCGCCAGCCGCUGCGCAGGGUCGGCACAAUGGCAGAUCAGCUGGUGGCUCAGCUGGAGCUCUUGCGCAAGGCCGUCAGCGACGCGUCGGCAGGGCAGGUGACCAAUGGCCGCAAGAUGGAGGUCCUCCGCACCCUUCCGUCGCUGCUGCCGUCGCUGCCCAAAGACGCCAUCCGCAAGCACCAGAAGCACCUGGAGGACCUCACGCACCAGCUGGUCAAGCAGAACCCCACCCAAGUCAUCAAGCGCCUGCUGGCCGUCAAUCUCGUGCUGCUUUAUCGGCAUGGCGACUCGGUCACAGUGACGUCGACGGUGAGUCAGCUGGUGCUGACGGCAAAUAGUCCGAGUGCCAAGGUGGCCCCGCCUGUGAGGGCGGCUGCGUUGGCCGUGGUUGGGGAGAUGGUGGCGCAUCCGGGCGAUCCUUUGGCUGAAGAGGGUGUGGUUGGUCUGGGAGUGGGCACGUGGCUCAGCAGCUUCCUCCCUGAGAUUGUGUCGGCCGUCGGCAGACACCAGAGGGUCCCAGAGGUGAGCUGAGCAAGGAGAGCCAGCCAGACGAACACUCUUUGCUUUUGAAUGAUGUUGGUUGGCUUCUCGUCGUCUGUGUGGUCAGGCGGGCAUCCGUGAGAGCGCCCUGCUGUGUCUGUGGCGGUGUCUGGAGGCCAUGGGCGGGAUGGUCGGCGGCAUCACACUGGCCAACGAGGGAUGGAAAGUAAUCAGCAAAGCCCUGGCAGACAAGGCCCCCUGCGUCCGGGCGGCGGCAUACAAGUGCCUGGGUGCUCUGGCGUGGUCGUCGCCAGUGGCUUUGACGACGCACUUCGACUCGAUGGUGGGGCUUUGCGUGAAGAAUGCGAGUGAGGAGGGGGGAGGGGUGGACAGGGGGGGCAGGAGGGACCUGGUCGAGGCACUCGCGGCCAUUCUCACCAUGGCUGCAUCGCUGCCUGUUGCUGAUGCACAGACGGUCGGUUCCCACCCCACCCACGCGCCAUAGAGAAACGCACAUCACACAUGGACACCCAUGAAAUCUCUGUGUCCGUGAAUGGAUGGAUGGCUGCAGGCGCCCUCGAGCAUGGGCAUGACGGUUCCCUGGCUGUCCACCCCCACCAUCACCACCAUGACUAUGGACAAGAAACGCCGCGCUGUCGUCGACACCCCGUCCGCCCUCACCUUCCUCACCUCCACCUUCAGCAAACCCAACCAGACCCCCCAGCUGCGCGAGACACUCGCUGCCACAUACGUCACCGUCUGCACCUUCAAGCAGGCCCUCAGCGAGCAGGCCAUCCACGCGGCCUACGGCUCAGAGGGGCCCGACCUCAGCGAGGCGUUGCAGAUAUGGCUUGACGGUCUGGGCGUUGGGGGCGAGAGGAGUGCCUUGGGUCUGGUGGGGUUUGCCGGCAUGCCGCAGGCCAUGCAGAGGGGGGCGGGGUGGGGCAACACCCUCGAUGGCUGGCAUGCUGUCAGGUAGGAGCAGACAGACAGACAGACAGAGAGAGAGAUGGAUAUCGCUGUAUGUGCCCUUGUCUGUCUCUCAGCUGCGUGUCGCACAGCAGCCGGGGUCUGGUUCGGCUUGCGCGAGGGUCAGCCCCGGGAGGGCCGCUGGCCUCGCUGAUCGAACGUGUGCUGUGCCCCUUCCUGACGGCUUAUACGCCCAGCACGUCGCCCAUGCAGAUGGUGUGUGUCCUGGAGGUCCUCGCGUACGCCUGCUACCAGGUGAGCUCUCAGUCGGGUGGGUGGGUGCCAGGGGAACAGUGAGUGCCAUGGAGGGAGCGGGGGGGUUCAUUCCUGUGUUUGAUAUAAUAUGUAUAUGUGUGCCAGGCCGGUGAGAGUCUGUGCACCCUGGAGACCCAGGUGACGGAGCCGCUGCUCUACAUCCUCUCAUCUGUCCAGGUGAGCCAUCACCCACGCGGACUGUCAUCUCACCAUUCAUGGCUCUGUUCCUGUGUUUUAUCUGCAAAUGGAUGGAUGGGUGAGUGCAGGGCGAGCACGCUACGCUUCUGCAGCAGCAGGCCGCCUGGGGUCUGCGGAUCAUCGCACACGCGUCGCCCCCCAAGCUGUUCCAGCUCCUCAGCGUGCUCCUCAACCUGUCCACCAUCGACAACGCUGAGCUCAUGGCUUUCACCUCAAAGGACGCCGCCAAAACCGACCCUGAUGGCCGGUUCCUGGAGGUGAGAAAUCAUCUGUCUGUCUGUCUGUCUCUCUGUCACAUGAAACACGCCCCUCUCCCGCCUGUGUGUUCAGGGUCAUCUCCGUUCGCUGUGCGGUCACUGCACGGCGCUCGCCUCGCUGGUGGCCGAGCUGUCCCCCCCAAACACCAACUCGCGGCUGGCAGUGCCCCACGACGUGACGUCGGCAGUGAUGGGGACAUGCAAGGCCCUCACGCAGGCGCACCCGCUGCCGCCCGUCUUCUCGCAGAGACGGCUCUGUGCGUUUGUGUUGCUGGAGCCGCUGAUGGCCCUGGGGGACGACUGGACGGGGGCGAGGCUGACCACCGUUUUUGCGUUGUGGAAAAGCGCAUUGGGGAAGAAGAGCAUUGAUGGCCUCAAGUAGGCAGGGAAAGGACACACACAUAGAGGGAGAAAGAGGUGGAUGGAUCGGUGUGAUUCUGUUUGCAGGCAGCUGUAUCAGUACCACCACCCGUCCCCAGGCGAGAAGCCCUCCCCGCCCGACGGCGAGGGCGCCCCCUCAAAGGAUGCCAAGCCCACCGACGAGCUGCUCGUCGUCCUGGCCGCUCUCAAGUCGCUUCUCUCCUUCCUCAAGCACUCCAAACACGGCCUGCUCGUCUCGCUCCCCCACCUGCACAAGAUCGUGGUCGUCUUCCUGACCAACGUCUCGCAGCUGGUGAGCUUCUUCCCCCACCCCUACUCGAUGGACGGCGGGGGGCCGAGGGGGGUGACCUUCUCGGGGAGCGAGUGCGGGAUGGGUGGGGUGCUGUUGGCGAUGCGGGCGGGGCUCUAUGAGGCUUUUGCGGCGAUUGCCUCGACGCACUACGCUGGGAGGUUUGUGUCGCUGCUCAACUUGCUGGCGGACGAUUUGACGAGGCCGGCUGCGUCGCCCGUCUUCCCUCUCUACUCAAUGGUCAGCCGCACAGGCAAUCAGAAAGCACCAAGGAACGGGGGAUAGCAUCGUCUCUCGCGUCUGUCUGUCUGUUCAGGUGUCCGACUACCUCCCCAGCAGCGACCACUACGUCGAUCUGUCGGACCUCCAGGCUACCCAGCCCGACACGCCCAUCACCCUCCCACAACCACACCCCUCACCCAGUUCCACCUCCCAUCAGCCGCUCGAUGACGACCCCGACGGCCCGAUGCCGCCAAACAUGGCGUGUGUGGCAUUCGGGGGGCGGAUGGGGGGGCUGGGUGUCUGGUGUCCGCUGUGGGACCCCUGGGACGUGAGGGAACCGACGGGCAGGCCGCUGCUCAUGGAGAGGGAGCCUCUGGAGCUGAGGUGUCGGACAGCAGCAUUGUGUCUCUUUGGGGAGAUCAUGGCAGCCCCCAGUGUGCCAGAGAACACCCGAAUGACGGUCAUCCAGCAUCUCAUGAAGAAAUACCGCCAGUCGGCCCCGCCAUCCACAACCACAGGUGCCAGCACUACCAGCGGCAUUAGCGGCACCGCAUCCGCCAUCCCAUCUUCGUUGCACCAGCACCAAGACCUCUCACAGGCCGGCAGGACAGCAAGCACAUCCACUGCCACAGCGACAGCAGCAUCGGCCGUGGCGAGCAUCAUCAAAGACCUGCCCAACCUGAACCUCAAUCGGCCCGCAGCAGGUAGCUCCUCCAGCAGUGCUGCCGCUGCGGGGUCGUCAUCCGGCCCGCUGCACACGUGGGACGCCUCGCUGGUGGUGCCGAUAUCGGUCAUGGCUGGGGUGCUGUCGUAUUUGCUGAGGGCGGCUGCUUAUAGGGGUCAGAGGGACAAGGAGGGGGGCGACGCCGGCAGUGGUUUGGGAAGGGGUGAGGAGGAUUUGAUAGUGGGUGUGGUCAAGGAGGGGCUGCUGGCGCAAUCACCGCUGCUCGUCAGGAUGCACGUCGAGGUGACCACAGACAGACAGGCAGACAGACGAAAUACGAGAGAGGGGCAACGGUAUUCUCUCGUCUGUUGUCUGUUUGUCUGUCUGGUCAUUGACUGCAGGUGUUCAGCCUUCUCUUCGUUCUGCAUGAGUUGCAGAGGGAGAGGUCGUCUGGCGCAGCCCCGCCCCUACUCGACGUAAUCCACCAGUUCACAGCCAACAAAGCCAGCCCCCAGGCACGGGCCUCCGCCGCCCUCCUCUGCGGCUCGCUCAUCCGAUGCUUCUCACAAUGGGCGCCUUCGCUUACCCCAAACUCGACCCCCUCCCCCUCGCCCUCUCCCUCUGUGUGUCCCUACCUGCGGCCUGUAAUGGGCGAUCUGCUCAGCCUCGCCACUGAGACCGCCCAGCCCGGCCGCCUGGCGAUGCUGCACGCAUUCGGGCUGAUCAUGGAUGCCACCGGUGGGGCGUUCCUGCCCUACAUGAAGGACAGCCUCACCUUCGCCACCGCCCACUUGCUGGCGGACCCCUACCCCAAUCCACUCAUCGCCGCAGCACUCAGCCACAUCCUCAUGUCGGCCGUGACGGUGGUGCUCUCGCCUUCUCCGGGCGAUGCGGGCGUGAGAGAGGAGGCCCUGAGCAAGGUGGUUGGGGUGUGGAGCGAGCUGCGAUUCUUUCCUUUUCCGGAGGCGACGGCGCCGCUGCACUGUGCGGUGAUGAGCGUGCUGCGGCGGGUGGUGCUGGUGGCGCCGUGGAGCUUUGAUCUGUCGUCGUCUGAGCUGGCGGGGGUGGCGAGGGUGCGGCUGGACCACCCAUGCUCGACGGUGAGGUGGGCGGCACUCGAGGCGCUGACCGCUCUGCUCAAGGCUCACAUGGCGCUGCCCGCACUGCUGGAUGAACAGGUGGGUGGGUGAGGAUGACACCCUGACACAAUUCACUGAAUGCGCCCACUCUCGAUUGUGUGUUUUUGGUGUGAUGGAUCAGCUUGACGGGCUGUUGUUCGUGAUGCUCGACGACGAGGAGGAGCCCCUGGUGUUGGCUGCCGCGCGCCGGCUCAUUGCGCUGAGGCUGCAGCAGGAGGGCCUCUCACAGCUGCCCAAAUGCAUCGGCCUGCUCAAGUGAGUACCUAACCUGGCAGACAUGGAUGGAUGGAUGGCAAAUGGCAGACUCGUGCUCUCAUGGGGCUCCUUUAUCGAUCCUGUCUGUCAUUCAUGUCAGGUCAGUGCUGCAAGGCUCAUCUGCCUCCGACUCCCUCCGCCCCGUUCGCUCUGUGCGCACAUCCCCCGCCCCCCCACCCCCCCGAACGCCCUCAUCUCACCAUGACGAGCCGCCCAACGAACAGAAAGACAGGUAGGUAAUAAUGAUGGGCACAACACAGACAGACAACCGACAACAGUCACCCACUAAUAGUGUUAUGUGCUCCCGCAUUGCAUGCAGUUUUGACGACGAUGUGAACGAGGACUCGACCCCUCCCACGUCGCCCACUGCAGGGGGCAGAGGCAAGGGCGCGUCGAUGACAUCGUCCGGUCAAGGCCUCAGCGAUGGGCGAGAGGGGGGCGGCAGGGCGGGGUCGCAGAGGGGCCUGCCCAGCGGGCUACAGCCACGGAUGGCCCCUUCGCUGAGCAGGAGAGGGCGGGGGCGGAGCAGGGAGGCCAAGGCGACUACCAAGGCGUUUGCUAUCAGAUGCCUCAGGUAGGUACACAUACAUACCCACACCUGUCUGUCUGUCUGUCUGCAUGGAUGUUUGUGUGCACUCGUCAGGUGGUUGCUGGAGCUGGCGAGCCCCCACGAUGCAUCACGACACUACACACUGGAUCCUGAGGAUGUGCACGGGAGGGGAAGUGAGGGGGGGAGUGGUGGGGAUGAUGGCUGCCUUGGUGGGAGGCUGGUACACCACCUCGAGACUCUCCUCUUCCUUGCCUGUGGGGCCGUGUCGUCGCCCCUCAUGACCGUCGCCGAGGAGGGCACCCACCUGCUGCUGCUGCUUGUGCAGAGGUGAGUCGGUGGGGCUGUGGGUGGAUGGAUGGAUGGAUAGCUCGUCUGUGUUGUGUGUGUCAGGUUCAAGCGCACCAAGGACCCCCACAAGCUGACUGACGACGACAACGAGAGGGAUGACGGCGAGAGUGCCGACCGCCGACCCCCUCUGCUGCUGCAGUUCGAGGCGCCCCUCUUCGCCGCACUCCGACAGACACUCCAGCCCGACUGCCCGCCUCCGAUCGCCAUACUCGGGCUGCACCUGCUGUUCGAGCUGCUCACCGGACGUACGCAAACCCACCAAGAAAAGAGCCUCCAUCUAUGCAACACGUGCCAUUUCCUCCUUCGCUUCGUCCCACAGAUCUGUUCUCAUCGUCACGUCGGCUAGUUCAGCUGCUGCUGGGCCCCCUGCAGUCGCCAUUGGCAUCGUCAUCGUCAUCGUCAGCAGCAGCGGCAUCGAGCAGCAGGAGGGCGGAUUUGGGCGCUGGUGGUGGUGGUGGUGCGGGGAGUGACUGCAACAGCGACCUGGAGAGCCACAUGCGGUUCAAUCCGUUCUUCUGCGAGCGGGAGUCGUCCAAGCUGCACCUCUGCCGCAUCAAGCUGGCGUGUCGCGUGGCGGAGGGAGAGGGCGACGUGGGUGUCGAUGAGAUCAGGCCAUACCUCCCUGACCUCACCAGACACGUGUGGCUGCUGUUCCGGUGAGUAAGGGGGGUGGGUGGUCGACACAGGGGCGUUAUGGAUGGAUGGUGGUUGGUUCCUUUCUGUGGUUCAGGGAUUGUGUGCUGCUCCAGUCUGAGAUGUCGUCGACGUUUCUCCGCAGCUACCAGCCAUACAGCCUCGUCAUGGCGGACUGCAAAGCCCUCGCCUCAACCUACCGCACCAUCCUCACCGACACGACCCUAUUCAGAGGCCUCAACGCCCUCGCCAGACACAACCACCUCCAGCCCCUCAUGCAGCCCGCAGCCAAGCCGUCCUCACCCACCCCACCAUCCCCACCGUCUGUCAUCAUCCUGGGCUAUGCCGUCCACAGGCUCACCCAACUCGCGUCGCAGCGAGGCAAAGAUGGGGCGCUUGGCGGCAACGAUCUGAGUGCGUCGUUUCGGGAGCUGGGUGUGGGCGACUCGGCUGUGGGCGAGAGUGAGGUGACUGAGAUGCGGUGCAUUGUCGAGUGUGUGCGGCAUCUGAUGGGGCUGCGGCGGGAGGGCGGGGGAGGGGUCGCCGAGAGCGAUUGGGGUUUCGCUGAGGAGGUGCUGAGAGGGGUAUGGGAGGCGACCUUCCACCACACCGACCCCACUGUCAGGUCAGAACGAACCCACCAUGCACGCCAUGUGACACACUUUAUGUCUCCCUGCUGCAUGGUCAUGUCAUCAUCAGGUCGAUGCUUCUGCCCGAUCUAUUGGCCCUUCUCAACCACUUGACGGUCAACCUCCCCCGGCCGUCAUCCUCGCCAGGCGACCCCUGCCUGCCCUUCUGGCACACGCUCGCCCGAGCCUCCUUCCAGCUGUGCGUCGUGGCCUUCAACACCAUCGCGUCCUCACACCCAUCGGCAUCCGCCAGUCUUGUCCCGCUUGUCUAUGACUUCUACGCACUGUGGCUUUCGACCAUCACACCGGUGACCCACGGUCGACUCAGCGCCUUCUGGUGGCUGCUCUUCGUGUCGCCCUUCCCUGUGGACGUCCUGCUCACACACGGGAACCCACAGCCGGUGCUCAAGGCGUGGCGACACAUCUGUCGGGCUCUCGCGGACAGCACAAGCCCGGCCUCGUCUCUGUUGGUGCUGAGGUGGCUGUUGGGAAGCCAGGAUGAGCACCUGAGAGGCCGGCUGCUCAAGAACGGAGUGGGGGAGAGGCCAGACGGCGAGGGGGCGUUGAGCAGGGCGGGGUCGCUCGGGUCCCAGGCGUGGGCUAGCGAGAGGGAGGAGGCUGAGAGGGCGGCGCUGGUGCUGUUCGCUUUAUUUGUCACAACGCUAUCGCAUUUCGACGGGUUUGACCGCAACGUUGACAAGCGACAGCUGGCGAAGAGUGCCGGCAUAGCCCGUGGACUGUUCGACGCUAUGAUUUACGGCGACCAGGACGGCCUGCCCGUCACCCUCCCCCUCCCUCUGUCCAUGACCCAGAGCCCGAUCGUGUCGUCGCUGCACAACCUGCUCCAGUCGUCCAAUUGCCGCUGGCUGGUGCCCUCGAUGCUCGCCACCCUUUCCCCAUCCCUCCUUCCCCUCGUCCGUGUGGCACCCCCUGUGUUGGUGGUCCCUUCCUCCCCACCGGUGUCAUCAUCUCUCAUGAAAGACAGCGACGAGGAGUUCGGUCUCUCCAACGGCAAGGUGGGCGAAGACGUGCUCGAGGCCCUCACAGGCUGGCACGGCCUGCAGCUGUGUCUUGCCGCCAUGACCGCCAGCGCCACCAAGGAGAGCGAGGCCGCUGCAUGGGAGGGCGUGGCUCGGCUGGUGCUGGUGCUGGCGAGUGGGUGCCUGGAGGCGCUCAUGGAUGCGGCCAUCGGGGCGAAUUGCAUCGUCAAGCGGACGGACGGCGAGCAGCAGCAGCAGGAGUGGAUCAAGGUCUCCACUGGCGGGGCUGGGGAGCUGUCGGGCUACCACCGCACCAUGGCAGCAAUGCUCCUGGACUUCGCGUCACGCCACCAGGAUGCCUUCAAGACAGCGCUCGGCACGGCACUCUCAGCACGGCAAAAGCAGCUUGUGGAGGCUCUGUUACGCGCACAUCUGCCGCAGAUGGCCAAGAGAGAGGAUGGGAGGGAGGCAGAAAGGGGGCAGCAGGGGAAGCGGCAAAGGAAGGAGGGCCCUGUCAAGGCAGCGCAAGUCAAGGGGGGUAGAAUCGAACUGAAAAUGCAGUUCUAGCUCAGGCAGGCAGGCAGGCACAUACCAUGGGCACAUAUGUAGCGAGACCUGAUGCGGCAAUCGGAAACCGUUUUAUGGGUGCGUGUGUGCGAAUGCGCGUGUGCGGUGUUGACCGGUGGUUUUUCGGUCGUGUUCAUGUGGUUCCUGUCCGCAAUUCACUGAGGUGCGUACGUCCUCACAAGACUCUGACACGAACUUUCCACGGCUUGAGAGAGGCGGCAUCGGAUGGUGCUCCAAACACG